UCGAGCCCUUUCUCAUUGGGCCGAUGGCCCCUCCACUGAAAUAAAACAAAGAGAGAUUAAUCACAGAAACUAAAACCCUAAAUCCCCAAAUGACAAAACAAGAUCAAAAUCAAAAACCCCUAAUCACCAAAACUCAUUUUUUGAUCCAAAAAUGAUAAGAAGAAGAUUGCUCUCUUCACUGAUCUCAUCAACCUCACUCCUAGCCCCCAAAACCACCUUAAUUCCCACAUUCUCUCAAAUUCAACCCUUCAAAGAAUCAAACUUUAGCAAUUAUUUUGCAAAUGGGGCAUCUGGGUUUAUGGGUUUUAGGGCAUAUAGUUUGUUGAGUUUGAAUGAUUUGAGGGACAAUGUUCCAAGGAAGCAAAAGACAAGAAAGGGUCGUGGCAUUGGGUCUGGUAAAGGAAAGACUGCAGGGAGAGGUCAUAAAGGACAGAAAGCCAGAGGGACUAUGAAGUUUGGUUUUGAAGGUGGGCAGACUCCAAUGCGAAGGCGUUUGCCCAAAAGGGGGUUUAAGAAUCCCUUUAGUCUCACUUUUCAGCCAGUAGGGUUGGGAAAGAUUGCAAGACUUAUUAAUGCAGGGAAGAUAGAUUCCCAUGAAUUAAUCACAAUGAAAACGCUAAAGGAGACUGGGGCCAUCGGGAAGCAGAUAAAAGAUGGCGUAAGACUGAUGGGGCGUGGUGCGGAGAAGAUCCAAUGGCCUAUUCAUCUGGAGGUGUCAAGAGUGACUGUCAGGGCAAAGCAAGCAGUUGAAGCGGCUGGUGGAUCUGUCAGACGAGUGCAUUACAACCAGUUGGGUUUGCGGGCAUUGCUCAAACCUGAGUGGUUUGAAAAGAAGGGGAGGUUGUUGCCAAAGGCUGCUAGGCCUCCACCAAAGCUAAGAGGUAAAGUUGAUAGCAUCGGCCGUUUGCCUGCCCCAACCAAACCUAUUCCUUUUUAUACUGAAGAGAAGGAGGCGGCCUCUACUCCUGCCUAGUUGAUCAGACAAUCAUUUCAUUGGGGUCUUUUUAAGAUUGUUUUGAUGAAGAAUUACUUUAUAAGAAGAUUUUCUUCUCCACAAGGUUUUCAAUUGCACUAUGUUUUCACA